GUGCGCGGAGCAGUGCGGAAGCCUCGGAGCCAUGGCAGCGCUGGACAGCGAGGGGGACGCCCAGAAGCUGCGCUUCGGGCCAUGGCUGCUGAACGCCGUCAGCAGCGGGCUGUACCGCGGCCUCUGCUGGAUCGACCCGGACCGCCGUAUCUUCCGCAUCCCUUGGAAGCACAACGCCAGGAAGGAUGUCACCAGCAGCGACGUGGAGAUCUUCAAGGCCUGGGCGAAGGCCAGCGGCAGGUACGAGGGGAACGCUGAGGAUCCGGCCAAAUGGAAGACCAACUUCCGCUGCGCCCUGAGGAGCACUCACAUGUUCAUGCUGCUGGAGGACCGCUCCAAGUGCAACGACGACCCGCACAAGGUCUACGCGGUUGCCUCAGGCGUCCCCAAUGACAGAGGUUCUGGGGGCCCUGUGGCAGGCGCCCUGCAACAGCAGCCGCAGCUGUUGCUCAACCACCACGAUUUGGCCUUGGAAAACACUCCCACAGACAGUACUGAAGGUGUUGCUGCAGCAGCCCUGACGCAGGUGGAUUUGGACCUGCUGCAGUCCGUACUGCAGCACUGUAACAUCUCUGCCCUCGGCUCCCAGCCAACCCUGUGGGCACACACAGGGGAUGCCUUGCCUGAGGAUGCUCUGCUGCUUCCUGGCCAAGAUGGCUGCCUCCCAGGGCCACAGUUUCAGGAUUGGAGACAGCUGGAGGAGCCUCUGCUGCUGGGGAACCAGCCCCUCACAGGUGGGGGCUGUGGGCAGGACGGGGCCGGGGCCCUCCCUGUGAGUGAGGAAUGUGCCAUCCCUGCACCAUCCCCGGCUGAGGAGCUACUCUUCCAGUCUGCCAACCCCGCGCCUCCGCCACCGGCAGGUGACAUAGGAGGGCUGCCCCCCCUCCUGGACAUCACUAUCUACUACCGAGGAAAGAUGGUCUACCAGGAGCAGGUGGACGACAGCCGCUGUGUGCUGGCCUACCAGCCCCUGGACCCGGCCGUGGCCGAGCAGCGGCUGGUGCUGUUCCCCAGCCCCGCGAGCCUGCCCGACCCCAGGCAGCGGCGCUACACUGAGAACUUGCUGGAGGUGGCGGGGCUGCGGCUGGAGCAGCGUGCCGGCCAGCUCCUGGCCACGCGCCUGAAGAAGUGCAAGGUCUUCUGGGCCUUGUCGCAGCAGCUCGAGGGCGGGGAACCCCCACUCAACCUGCUCCACCGGGAUCAGGAGACCACCAUCUUCGACUUCAGGGUGUUUUGCACAGAGCUCCGGGACUUCCGCGACAGCCGCAGGGAGCGCUCCCCCGACUUCACCAUCUUCCUCUGCUUCGGGCAGUGCUUCUCCAGCACAAAGCCCAAGGAGUCCAAGCUCAUCCUGGUAAAGCUGGUUCCCCAGUUCUGCGAGUACUGGUACGAGCAGGUGCAGCGGGGAGGAGCCUCCUCCCUCAACAGUGGCAACGUCAGCCUGCAGCUCUCUGACUCUUUCAACCUCUUCGAGCUUAUCGAGCAAUACCACAUGCAGACAGACUGACACUCCCUUCCUGUGUCCCUCCCCCGGCCUCCGCUGUCUUGCAAAGAGCUUUCUGGCUCCACUGGGUCAGGCUUGGGCUGGUUUCACCGUUACAGAGGAGAAAAGAGCAGCAUUUGCAUCCACUCCCUGGGCACAUCUUGCAGCCCUGCUCCGGCCCUGAGUGCCGGCUGAAGGUCAACACACCACAGGAGCAGGCAGCAGUGGGGCCAUACUGACCAGCCCAGGAACUCUCCCCUCCUCCAAAAGCUGCUGCAAUAAGCUUUGUGGUUGGGAAAGCCUUUCCUCUGACUGCACGGUGCUUCAACCCCACGGCACCAGCGUGGUGUACAGUGGGGUUCAUUCCUCCUUCGCUCCCAGGACAGUUCCUGUGGACCUUUUCAACAGCUGUCUGGAGUUUUUGGGGAUUGUGCUUCUUUACAGAUUUACUUUUCUGAAGUUUUGUAAGUUUAAAUAUACGUUUAUAUAAAGGUGCUUCUCACUCA